AACACUUAGCUCGCACUACAAUAAACUUGGCCAGCUUCACGCUGCUGCUGUUUGUUGUGUCUCCACAAAGAAUGGCUGCCGGGAAGGCCUGUGAUGUUUCACACAGUAGGAUGUGUGUGACUGUGAGCAUCUGAGUGUACUUUGAGAACCUCUGAACCCUUCGACUGCUGCUUAGACAAGCAUCCCACUUGAAAAAGCUGUGCAUUUCCAGGUAUGAAUGAGUGUGGGGCGCAUGUCAGUUUGCGUGAGGGCAGGAUGGCUUUUUGUUGACAUGAUCAACAAGAUCAAUGUGAGUGCCUGAGUUACUGAUUACAUGUGAUUUUAUAAUUUGGUGAUAAGACUUGGGCUUUGAGCACAAAGUCCUACUAGUUACAGAGAUCUAUCAGCUCCUCUAUACUGGGCUUAUUACAGGCUUGGAUGAAAAAAGAAUUUGUCUUUUCUGCCACAAAUUGAGCCCACAGAAGCAUCAUGAGUGUAGAGGCCAAAAAAACACGUGAGGGAUGUUGCUCUAAGCUCAAGCUGUUCCUGGUCUCCCUGGCAUUUAUGUUUUUUGCCAAAGCUUUUGGCGGAGCAUACAUGAAGAGCUCCAUCACACAGAUUGAAAGGCGCUUCGACAUCCCCAGCUCUCUGAUAGGGGUCAUAGAUGGCAGCUUUGAAAUGGGAAACCUGUUGGUGAUUGCCUUUGUGAGCUACUUCGGGGCAAAGCUUCAUCGGCCCAGGCUGAUCGGUAUCGGCUGUUUGAUCAUGGCCGCUGGAUCCUUUAUUGUUGCACUGCCACACUUCUUACAGGGACGGUAUAAAUAUGAGACUAGUAUGUCCCACAAUACUCAGGUCAACAGCACUGAAAACAGUCUGCCCUGUUUGUCCAACCACAGCCUGACUGAGAAAGAUGAGAUUCCUGAUAUAGCAGCCAUACAGGCUUGUGAACAGGCAAUUGGCUCGUCCAUGUGGAUCUAUGUUUUCUUGGGAAACAUGCUGCGUGGAAUCGGAGAGACUCCCUCCAUGCCAUUGGGAAUAUCCUAUCUAGAUGACUUUUCUAGACAAGAGAACACUCCUUUCUAUUUGGCCUGUAUCUACACAACAGGAAUGUUGGGCCCUAUGAUUGGGUUCAUGCUUGGCUCCUUCCUAGCCAAGACCUACGUGGACAUUGGAUUUGUUGAUUUAGACAGCAUUACCAUCACCUACAAGGACUCUCGCUGGGUGGGAGCCUGGUGGCUGGGCUUCUUGGUGACAGGCACAAUGAUUCUGCUGUCAAGUAUCCCAUUCUUUUUCCUGCCCAAGUCUUUACCCAAACAGGGUGAGGAGGACAGUAGCAACAAAAGUACAGAGCUAGCCUCUUUCCCAGAACAGGAGAAUUUCCUGCCAGAUGAAAACCGGGAUGGUGAAGACAAAGAGAAGACAGUCACAUUUAGGGAAAUGGUUAAAGAUUUUAUUCCUUCACUGAAAAGACUCUUCAGGAACAGCAUCUACUCACUGAUCAUCCUCACCAACCUGGUUGUAGUCAACGGCUUUGUUGGCAUGAUCACCUUUACACCAAAGUUCAUGGAGCAGAUCUAUGGCCAGACAGCAUCUAGAGCUAAUUUUCUAAUAGGCAUUAUGAACCUGCCAGCAGUUGCUCUGGGUUUCAUCACUGGUGGUUUUGUCCUGAAGCGUUUUAAACUGGGUGUUGUUGGAGCGGCCAGAUUGUCCAUUGCUGCAUCUCUUGGAUCCUUUUGUAUGCUUUCCCUUCAGGGAUUCUUUCACUGUGACAAUGCAGAGGUGGCUGGUUUAACUGUUGUGUAUCAAGGUUAUCGACAAGUAUCCUACAAUUCCUCAACUUUGUUGUCACCAUGCAACAUGGGCUGCUCCUGCUCACUGAAGCACUGGGAUCCAGUGUGUGCUUAUAAUGGCAUGACAUAUGCUUCACCCUGCCUGGCUGGAUGUCAGACCUCCACAGGAAAAGGAAAAGCAAUGGUGUUUCACAACUGUACCUGCAUUGGGACUUCCAUGACUUCUGCUGCAAACAUGUCUGCUGUGCUGGGCCAGUGUUCCAGGGGAACUGAAUGUGAUAGCCAAUUUAAAAUUUACAUGGCUUUGUCUGUAUUGGGAGCCUUCAUUUCUGCCUGCGGGGGGACACCUGGAUAUAUUAUACUGCUGAGGUCUAUCAAGCCAGAUCUAAAGUCUUUGGCCUUGGGUAUGCAGACACUGAUCAUAAGAACCCUAGGUGGGAUCCCUCCCCCAAUCUAUUUUGGAGCACUGAUUGACCGGACAUGUUUGAAGUGGGGCACCAAGCAAUGUGGAGGACGUGGAGCAUGUAGACUUUAUGAUUCCAACGCAUUUAGACUGACCUUCUUGGGAUUGAUUUUUGGACUCUACAUCCUAGCCAAUAUGUUGUGGGGGGUGCUCUACAUCAAAAUACUUAAGAGACAGAAGAAGCUAGCAUUGAGGGAGCAGGCCAAAGAGAAUGGAGUGGAGGGUAACAGACUAAGCAAUGGACAUGCUAACAUCAGCAUUGUUAAACACAAAGAAGACUCAAACAAUGAGAGCUCUAUUUAACAUAUUGCAAGAAGUUAUUGCAUAAUGAAAAUGAACUCAAACUGGACCAUAUGUGGUAAAGGUACAGUGUUAGCGCUGUUUGGGUGGUUACCAGUAUCCCUCUUUGGCUUUUUUUCUUUUUUUAAUGUUAUCAUUGUUUAUUAAGAAAUAAGACUCACUCAUCCUCUUCAAAGGUCGUAUAUCUUGACUACAACAAUUAAAUAGCAGAAAAAGAUAUGACAUUUUUGUCUGAACAGGAAGUCAAGACAUUAUGACUGAAAGCAUUACUGAUCUUAGUAGGAUCAGAGUCACCAGCCCUGAAUUCAGCAGGAACCAUAUUAAUGCAAAACAUAUACAUGAUGAUGGACCUUUUGGAUAAUAGUUUUCUCAGAAUUUGUGGGAGAUGAAAGCACAAUGCUAUUCCCAUGUCUAUACUGUAUGAAAUCUAGCUUAGUUUUACUUUCAGUGAGUAUGGAAAACAGUGGGGAUGGGUAGUAUUGUGCUGUCCAAAGACAUUUCCUUCUACCAGCUGCUUUGUUGAAUUACACAUUCCUGCUAGAAAACCUAAACUUACAAGGGUCUCUGUGUUAAGUCCACGAUAUAUGGUCACACAUAUACAACUUGAUUUUAUGUGGUCAUGAGUGUGAAGUUGGCAUUUUGCUGUCUGUGGUUUUAUAAACUUAACUUGGCUAAUUUAACUAGUUUUCUUGGAUCUAUAUGAAACUAGCAAAAGUUUACCAAGAAGGCAUGGGAGAAGUCAGUGUAGUAAUAACUAGGUGAGAAGGACAGAGUAUGUUCUUCAAAAUGAGGAAUAAAUCCACAAAGACAUGUAAAAUAUUCAGUAUCGUGCACGAUAAACCUUAGGGUUUAUUUUUGUUGUUUAUUUAGGGUUUUGAUUGUAAUUGUAGUACUAUAGCUUGUCAAAAACACUGAAAAUGGUCUCACUAUCUUCUUGAAAUAUACAUUUUGGCCAGUUUAAAUGUUGAAGGCUUUAAGAAAAUUAUCAGUCAUGCUGCCAUUUUAUUACCUGUGAUACACAUUUCUUUGAGCUUUCAGAGUUGUGUAAGUAGAGUACUUUACAUUUUUUUGUUACAUUAGAUUUUCUUUUUUUUCGCUAAAAGGUCACGAGCAUAAAUGUCCUCUAAAUUAAGUGUAGGUGCCAUUAAGUUAAGUAUGCUUUAAACAGUAGACUGCAAGCUAGUGAGUUCAAUUUCAAGCUUGGGUCCACUUUAUUGUGUUUCAGUUGUUAAAUGUAUCAUACUAAUGCAGACUACAAAAGCACUGUUAAAAUUUUAAAUUUAUAGACUGGGCUAUCCAUUGUUAUUUUCUUUUUAUUUUAGAAUUUUGUUGAUUGUACAGUUGAAUGUCCAAUACAUUGCUGUAUGAAAUGUAUUUGUUAUCAAUGUUUUCAAGAUAUCAGACCAGUGAAAGGCUGGAAUUUCAGUUUUGUAGUCUUCCACCGGGGGGGCCGAUUUGUCCAUAUAUGGUUGGUAUAAUUAACAGUGGCUAUGAUGUCAUCCAUGGUUGCAUAUUAUCAUACCUAUAAAGAAACUUAAAUAAAUCUAAGACUGUAGGGAUGUCAUAACA